UUCCGGAGAGUCUGAUCUGUUCUCAGUGAUGACUGAUGAAGAGAUUGCUUUGUUGAAGAGUACAUUCUCAGUGGGAGUGGCUAGUGCGAAUGCUACGGAUGUUGUGCGUACUAGGAGUUCUGAUCAUCCUCAUGCACAUCUCAGUGCUCCAGAAGUUGUUGCAUUGUACAAUUACGGAAUAGAAAGUCACAUGAUUAAGACAGAGGAUAAUUACUUUUUAACAGUUCACAGAAUAACUGGUAAUAGUAAGAAUCCAAAUCCUGAGGGAAAACGCGUUGUUUUUCUUCAACAUGGACUUUUGUCUAGUUCGAUGGAUUGGGUUAUUGCUGGUCCACGGAGAGGCUUAGCUUUCCUCUUGGCUGAUGCUGGUUACGAUGUGUGGAUGGGAAAUGCCAGAGGAAAUCGAUACUCACGUAGUCAUAAAUUUUUGUCUAUCAAAGAUCCAGAAUACUGGCAAUUCGACUGGCAUGAAAUUGGAUCUCGAGAUCUUCCCGCGAUGAUCGAUCACGUGCUGAAUGUAACCAAACGUGAGAAGCUCUUCUACAUUGGUCACAGUCAAGGAAGUACGGCAUUCUUCGUGAUGGCCAGCGAACUUCCAGAAUACAACGAUAAAAUUAACGCCAUGUUUGCACUUGCACCUGUGGCUCACUGUGGCAGAAUGAAGAGUCCGAUUUUCCAAGCACUCUCAAGAAUAUUGAAACCUCUCAGUUUCCUGACUAAUAUAAUGGGUGCAUACGAGUUCAAGCCGACAAACCAGUUCGUCAAACGAUUUACGUCUUUUAUUUGCGGUUCAUUCCUGCAACCUAUCUGCUCAAAUGUGAUUUUCAUGAUCGCCGGAUUUAAUCCUGAGCAGCUUGAUACGGAGUUACUUCCGGCAAUUCUAGCUCACGUACCAGCUGGCGCUGCCGUUAAGCAAUUUAUACACUACGGUCAACUGAUCAAGACACGAUCUUUUCGACAAUUUGACCAUGGAAGGUCGAUGAAUAUGGAGCAGUACAAAUCGAGGAUACCACCUGAUUAUAAUAUCACUAAAGUUACGGCUCCAGUAUCUCUCCACUACACUGUUAACGACUGGCUGUCACAUCCAAGCGACGUAGACCUGCUAUACUCACAACUACCAAAUCCCAUUGUCAAACUCCGCGUUCCAAACGACAAGUUCAACCACCUCGAUCACUUAUGGGCGAAGGAUGUUAAAAAGCUUCUAUAUGAUAAGGUGAUGAGCUUGAUGAAGCGCUACUAAGAUUGAUAGAUAAAUGAAUUUUUCACUCUUGGAACGAGUUUAGAACUAGCUAAAUUGUUAAUUUGUUUUCAAAAAUUAUUUUGUUGUGUUACAAUGUGAUGAAAAUGU